AACCGGAAAAAAAUUACCAGAAAUAGACUCAAAAAUAAGAAAGACUUUUGUCUGAAAAUCUCCGAAAAUAAAAACAUCAGUUAAAUUCAUACAAAAUUAUCUACAAAAACAUAACAAAAGUAAACAGCAAAUCCCCAAAAUAUAACUAACAAAAUUGUAAUUCGUUUCGUUUUCAAAACAAUAAUAAAAUCGCGAAAUCACUGGAAAUUCACCAAAAUCAGUUCAAAAAUAUUUUAAAAUCGGUUCAAAAAUAAACCUCCAAAAAUAAAACACUGGAAACAUUCGAUAAAUAUACAUUCUUGGCAUUUAUAGACCACAAAUCACAACAUAAGUUCCCAAAAAAAAUCAACAAGCAAUAUUUUCAAUUUUAAUAUUGCGAAAAAUGCUGAUCCAAAAUAGAGAUUGAGGAUUUUCGGGGAUAGCCAAGCAAUUUUUUAGCCGCAAAGAGUGCAUAUUUAGAAUAAAAACACAAAUUUAUGGCUCCACGUCGCAACAGUAGCAUCAGCAGCAGCGGCAACACCACUCAGCAGCAGCAGCAACAACAUCAGCAACAGUUGCAGCAGCAACACCAAACGCAGCAGCAGCAAUUGCUGCAGUUCUACGCGGAGAACACGAAUUCUUCAGGCGUCUUGAUGGCGCCCAUGCAAGGAUCUGGGGGCGUCGGAGGGGGCGUGGUUCGCUGCUGCCUACCCAGUGGAGAUUGUCGAAAAUUGGAUGCUUUGAUACCUCUGACAGAGUUAUCCUUGGCGGACUGCAUACGAGUGCUGUGCAACAAUGAGAACUGCAGUGCAGGUCAAUAUAUGCAUCGCGAGUGCUUCGAAUUUUGGGAGGCGGGCGUUUUGCAGACCCUCAAGGCCAAUGGCAGAGCUCGAUCCUGGUCGGAGAGGCAACGUCUUCAGCAUUUGUGGACCAAAAAGGGUUACGAGUUGGUCCACAAGGCCUGCAGCUGCAAAUGUGGCAGAGGACAACUGCGAAAGGAUCUCGACUGGGUGGCACCAACCAUUCAGGGCGUAAUAUACCUCAAUGGAUCUGGUAAUCGGGGUAACCUGAAUGGAAACCUCAGCGAGGACGAUGAUAAGAAGAAGGCCAAGAAGAAGCGGAACCGAAAUAAUAACAACGCAGGUGGCAAUUCCAAGACCCCGCUAAGCAACAACAAUGGUAACAGCUAUGGCGGACUAACGCCCAAUCCAAACGUCGGUGUUAUUGGCUCGGGUCUGCCCCACAACAAUGGUAAUACCAAUAGUGGUAAUGCCAGCAAUGGCUCCUCGGAUAUCCUGCAACCCAGCGUGGUGGCCACUUUAAACAACAUCCUCAAUCCGAAUAAUGUCCUGGGGUUGGAUUUAAGGGCUAGAGCUGGUAGUUUGUCAUCGAGUGGAGCUGGCAGUGGGUCCACCUCGCCAUCGGCCUCGCAGUCCAGUGGAGAAAUAUCUGUAUCUCCAGUGCAACAAUUGCUGCAACAGCAGCAGCAACAAUCGCUGCUCAUGCAACCUUUGGGCCCCGCUUUCGGCAGCAAUCUUCUGCAGAAUGGAUUGGGUCUCUCGAAGAACCUUCUGAUUGCUCCCCAGCAGCAACAACAGCAACAACAGCAACAACAGCAACAGCAGCAACAGAACUUGCCUGCUUUGGCCAAUAUUAGCAACUUUAAGCCGUUGGCCAGCUACGAGCAGCAGCAACUUGUGCAGCAACAGAAGAACAAGGAGGUCGAACUUUAUUCGGAGAGAGUGCGCUCCACAUCUGGUUGCAAUGGGAUCUUUUCGCGUCGCCUGGACUUUUCGUCUUUCAACUUGCUGCCAAAGACUCGUUUGAAUUCUUAUCAAGUCAAGAUCGAGGAUGAAGGUAAUCAUGGCAACGAUGAGACGCGUCUUUUCAUCCUCUCCUCUCUGGCCCAAUCCCAGAUGAGCCGGGUGGCCUGCAUUUUGUGCGAGGAGCCGCUGCUCGUAUUCGAUCGCUAUCCACUGGUCGACGGCUCCUUCUUCCUGAGUCCCAAGCAGCAUUCCAGCGGCUGCAUUGAGGUUAAAUACGAGGGACGCACGCUCUACUUGACCUGUGUUUGCAUGAGCUGCCUGGACGGAACAUCCAGCAGUCGCGUUAUCAACUGCAGAUUCUGCAAGGAGCCGUGGGAUGGCUCGAGCCUGGUUCUGGGCACCAUGUACGCCUAUGAUAUCUUUGCGGCCAUGCCCUGCUGCUCCGAGAGGUUCAAGUGCAAUAACUGCUUCAAGAUGCUGAUGCAUCCGCAGCAGCGACUGAGCUUCUACAGUGACUACUCGCACGGUGUGACCUGUCCGUACUGCAACACACAGGACACGCACUUCGUGAAGCCGCUGAGCUUCUGCUAUGCCAAGAGCCCGGCGGCGCGACUGCCGACGCUCGCAUAACAUGAGGCCCCGUUGGAGUCGCCCGUGGGAACAGGUGCCACCGCCACUCAGGUGCCAAAUGCCCAGGGCGCUUCAACGGCCUCCAGCUGCAGCUCCCUUGCCAAGCAGCCAGCCAAGCAGCCGCUCUACAAUGCCGCCAUCGAUUAUUCGGCACCGCUGCAGCAGCAAAUUAAUCCGGAUUUGAUUGGAGCCCAUCCGCAUGCCCAGCAGCACCAGCAGCAGGUGCGACAGCAGCAGCAGCAGCAGCAACCACAACAACAGCAGCAGCAACAGCAGACACAACAGCAACAGUCACAACAGCAGCAGCAGCAACAUCAGCCUGCGGUCAGCAAUUUUCAGAGGACCAACUUCCCUCAGCAGUCGCAUAAAACUAUCAACAUGAUGGCCAUGGCAGAUGUGAUGAGCAAGUACCAACAGCAGCAGCAACAGCAGCAACAGCAGCAACAGCAACCGCGGCAGCAGCAACAUGCAACGCAAAAAGGACUCGAGGGCCUUCUACUGACCAAUUCAAACACAAACAACAACAACAACAGCAGCAGCAGCAGCAGUAUUAGUAACUUAAUCAUUAGCCAUAAUUCAGCCAGCAAUUUAGGCACCAAAAUCCAACCCAACUGGGGGCAAAGCGAUGCCAUUUCGGCAUUGUGGGGCUGUUCCAGCAGCAGCAGUGGCUGCUCCUCGGGCAGUGGAUCGCAGCCCUCGCUGAGUCCCACGGCCAGCAGUCAUGGCAACGACAAUAGCUCCAAGAUGAUGUUGUGGGCGACCCAGGGUUCGCCCCAAAAUGCAGCCACACUCAGGGAUGGAUUCAAGGAGUUGCAACAGCAGCAACUGCAUCAGCAGCCGCAGCAGCAACAGCAGGGGCAACAGCAAUUGCCACAUGCUGCCUCGCCCACAGCCUCGCUGACCAGUUCCAGUUCCUCCUCGAAUGGAUGGAGUGCCUCGCACUAUGGCAAGCAGCCCAAUAUCUGGGAGCUGCCGGGUCAAAGGACACCGGCCAGCAGCCACGACAUCUUCACCGAUCUCCUGUGCAACCUGAGCAUCAGUCAGGAUAAUAAUAAUAGCAGCCAGCAGGCCAAAGCCGCCGAUGCCUCCGAUGUCAGCUCGAAUUCCUCCUCGUCGGCUGGGGAACUCCUGGAAGCGGCCAAUAUCUGGAGAUUCCCGGAAUACGCCAACCAACUGUAUCCCGAGGAACCCACUGGCGGAGCUGCCGCUUGCAUGCAGCUCUUCAACGACUAUCUCAACAUGAACUAAACGCAGUGGAUUUAGCAGCCACAACAACACACGCCUGCAGCAUUUGUUACUCUAGCUAAAUUUAAAAAAGAUAUUACAACAAAAAAAAAAAGAAAAGAGUAAGCAGGAGGAGAGAAAAGUUUUAGUUUUUUUAAAUUAAUUUGAUUUUUUAUACAAUCACACACCACGACCACACACAUCUUAAAACCGAGAGAAAACUAUGCAAACUAAAAACAA